AGUAAUGCAUAGCACUUCUCGAAGAGGUGCUGUCAUGCAUGGCAGUACCCAGCAUGCAUCCUCCCAUUGGCUAGUAAGAUGGCCGCGCCUCUUAACGAGACCGGAGUCUGGUGACACCCAGACCUUUCACUAGCAAUUAGCUUUCAGUUUUGGUUAUACAGAGAAAUAUGAAAAACGUCUCAUUUGAAGCAUAAGGAAACAUUUGUUCUUCGAUUUCUUGCGUCGAGAGAAAUAUUAAAUAAAACAUAAUAAUCAUGGACAACCGGAAGGAUAUACAGAAUCUGUUUGAACACAUCAAGUUAAUUUCUGAAGAAGCUGAGCGCAUACAAAGUGGGGCAGUUCCUUAUGGUCCAGAUAUUCUGGCAUCAACAAGGGAGAACCUUAGUAAACUCCUACCGGGAGAACGAAAUUUUCAAGUUCGAAGUCACAUCACGGGCCUCAUCGAUGCAUUUUUACAGGAGCAAAGCAGACGAAGUGUGGAUUCAGUCCCAGCUGAUGCCAUGAAGGCAGUUCCUCACGGUCCAGAUAUUCCGACAUCGGCCAAGGAGGACCUACCAGGUGCACGUGUUUAUCAAGUUCAGAAACACAUCAUGGGCCUCAUCAAUGUGUUUUUACAGGAGCAAGCCGAACAAAGUAUGGAUUCAAGCCCAGCUGAUGUCAUGAAUCAUGCUCCGGAGGUCCUACAGUCCAAUGAUGAUCCCACCAACGUGGAUAUGAAGGAGAAUCCGAUGGCUGCGCAGAAUGACAAAUGGCCAAACAUCAACAAUGAAGUUGAGCUUCCUAGGAAUGGCACUGAUCCAGCAGAUCUAAUGGUCUUGUGUGAAGGUCAUGCUCCAGAGGUCCUACAGUCCAGUGUUGACCCUACCAACGUGGAUAUGAAGGAGAUGCCAAUGGCUGCCCAGGAUGGCAAAAGGCCAGACAUCACCAAUGAAGUUGAGCUUCCUAGGAAUGGCACUGAUCCAGUAGGUCAUGCUCCGGAGGUCCUGCAGUCCAAUGUUGAUCCCACCAACGUGGAUAUGAAGGAGACGCCAAUGGCUGCCCAGGAUGGCAAAAGGCCAGACAUCACCCAUGAAGCUGAGCUUCCUAGGAAUGGCACUGAUCCAGCAGCAGAGAAAGAUGGCCAACUUGCCGGAGAGACAAGACAUUCCACGUGCUUACCCAGAUGUGCUGCCUCAAACUGGGCCCCAAGUGCCGCCAUGCAGCAGAUGACACCUCAGCACCACACCUCAGCCAGUGAACAUUCCACUGACCCUUCUGGAGGUCAUGCUUCGGAGGUCCUACGGUACAAUACUGAUCCCACCAACGUGGAUAUGAAGGAGAAGCCGAUGGCUGACCAGGAUGACAAAAAGCCAAACAUCACCACUGACAGUCAUGCUCCAGAGGUCCUACAGUCCAGUGUUGACCCUACCAACGUGGAUAUGAAGGAGACGCCAAUGGCUGCCCAGGAUGGCAAAAGGCCAGACAUCACCAAUGAAGUUGAGUUUCCUAGGAAUGGCACUGAUCCAGCAGAUGAGGAGAGAGAAUUGCAUCAGAGGGUGUUUGUACCAGUAAUGGAACAUUCCACUGUCCUCUCUGGAGAUCUAAUGGUCUUGUGUGAAGGUCAUGCUCCGGAGGUCCUACAGUCCAAUGUUGAUCCCACCAACGUGGGUAUGAAGGAGAAUCUGAUGGCUGCCCUGAAUGGCAAAAGGCCAAACGUCACCAAUGGAGUAAAAGUCCACAUGCUGGUUGCUGGAGAAACUUUUCGUGCUCAUGAAACCUUCAUACAAAAGCUGAAUCUGCAGAUAAUCCCCUGCAGUGCAGAGAACAGCAGCGUCAUCCUGGUCUUCUGUCCUGUUGUGUCUCGGAUUGGGACAGACAUGGAGGCAGCCAUGGCCAGAGUUACAGUAAACAAACCUGUCAUCCUGGUGUUCAUGCACCACUUUCACCGCCCCAGUCACAUGACCAACAUCACAGUGCCACCGUCCAGGGGCAACAUAGUGCAAGUCGUCCACUGCGCCUACCAUGAAAAUAAAGGGCUACUGCAGUGCCAGGAAAAUGAGCAGGCGGUCAGAGCAGUGCGGUCAGCACUGCUGAGGUAUGUUGAUUUGCAUGAUGACGUCCCACAGCCUAAAUUCCCUCGCAACCAGCCAGUGAUGGUGCAGCAGCAGAUGGCCGCCCAGGGUACCAAUAGAGCAAAGAUCACCAAUGACAAUGUGAAAGUCCACAUGCUGGUUGUUGGAGAAACUUUUCAUUUCCAUGAAACCUUCAUACAAAAGCUGAAGCUGCAGAUAGAGCUCUGCAGUGCAGAGAAGUCUGACGUCAUCCUGGUCUUCUGUACUGUUGUUUCUCGGAUUGAGAAAGACAUGGAGGCAGCCAUGGCCAGAGUUACAGAAGACAAACCUGUCAUCCUGGUGUUCAUGCACCACUGUCACAACCCCAGUCACAUGACUGACAUCACAGUGCAACCGUCCAGGAGCAACAUAGUACAAGUCGUCCACUGCGCCUUCCAUGAAUCUAUAGGGCUGCUGCAAUGCCAGGAAAAUGAGCAGGCGGUCAAGGGCAUGCGGUCAGCACUGCUGAGAUUCUGCAGCAGAGUUGAUGUACAAGCUGAGAUCCCUCUCACCCAAUCGGAGACUGAGCAGCAGCCUGUAGCAGCUCGAAAUGCCAAUAAGUCAAUCAUCACCAAUGAGGUACCAAGGACGAGUACCAAGCCAAUGACAGAGGAGAGGGAAUCUGGUCAAGGGAUGAUUGUACCGGCAAAGGGACAUUCCACUGCCCCCUCUGGAGGAACUUCAUUGUGGUCUAAGACUGGACGAUUCUCCUUCUCAAAGCGAAACUGGAAUAUCUCUUCAGUGAAAGUCCACAUGCUGGUCGCUGGAGAAACUUUCAAUACCCAUGAAACCUUCAUACAAAAGCUGAAGCUGCAGAUGGAGCUCUGCAGUGCAGAGAGCAGCAGCGUCAUCCUGGUCUUCUGUCCUGUUGUUUCUCAGAUUGGGAGAGACAUGGAGGCAGCCAUGGCCAGAGUUACAGAAGACAAACCUGUCAUCCUGGUGUUCAUGCACCACUGUCACAAACCCAGUCACAUGACUGACAUCACAGUGCAACCGUCCAGGAGCAACAUAGUGCAAGUCGUCCACUGCGCCUUCCAUGAAUCUAUAGGGCUGCUGCAAUGCCAGGAAAAUGAACAGGCGGUCAAGGGCGUGCGGUCAGCACUGCUGAGAUUCUGCAGCAGUGUUGAUGUACAAGCUGAGAUCCCUCUCACCCAAUCGGAGACUGAGCAGCAGCCUGUAGCAGCUCGAAAUGCCAAUAGGUCAAUCAUCGCCAAUGAGGUACCAAGGACGUGUACCAAGCCAAUGACAGAGGAGAGGGAAUCUGGUCAAGGGAUGAUUGUACCAGCAAAGGGACAUUCCACUGCCCCCUCUGGAGGAACUUCAUUGUGGUCUAAAACUGAACGAUUCUUCUCAAAGCCAAACUGGAAUAUCUCUUCAGUGAAAGUCCACAUGCUGGUCGCUGGAGAAACUUUCAAUACCCAUGAAACCUUCAUACAAAAGCUGAAGCUGCAGAUAGAGCUCUGCAGUGCAGAGAGCAGCAACGUCAUCCUGGUCUUCUGUCCUGUCGUUUCUCGGAUUGGGACAGACAUGGAGGCAGCCAUGGCCAGAGUUACAGGAAAAAAAUCUGUCAUCCUGGUGUUUAUGCACCACUGUCACAAACCCAGUCACAUGACUGACAUCACAGUACAACCGUCCAGGGGCAACAUAGUGCAAGUCGUCCACUGCUCCUUCCAUGUAUCUAAAGGGCUGCUGAAAUGUCAGGCAAAUGAGCAGGCGGUCAGUGCAGUGCGGACAGCACUGCUGAGCGAGGAGAGAACCGAGUUAGAUGGUGAGGAGAGUGAAUCUGACGGGUGGGUGGUGAUACAAUCGGAACAUUCCACUGCCCCCCCUGGAGGAACUUCAUUGUUUUCUGUGAUUCAAGAUCUUUUCCUCUUAAUGUCAAAGUGGAAUUUCAUCUAUCCAAGUAAGCUUCUAUCUGCAGUGGUCUCAUGGCUAUACCCAAAUACUUCAGUGAAAGCCCAUAAACUGGUUGCCGGAGAAACAUUCAAUACUCAUGAAACCUUCAUACAAAAGCUGAAUCUGCAGAUACAGCUCUGCAGUGCAGAGAACAGCGACGUCAUCCUGGUCUUCUGUCCUGUUGCUUCUCGGAUUGGCACAGACAUGGAGGCAGCCAUGGCCAGAGUUACAGCAAACAAACCUGUCAUCCUGGUGUUCAUGCACCACUGUCACAACCCCAGUCACAUGACCAACAUCACAGUGCAACCACGCAGGAGCAACAUAGUGGAAGUCGUCCACUGCGCCUUCCAUCAAUAUAAAGGGCUGCUAGAAUGCCAGGAAAACGAGCAGGCGGUCGCGGAGGUGUAUCUGACACUGCUGAGGUAUGUUGAUUCACAUGCGGAGGUCUCACAGUCAAAAAGUGAGUCAGAAAUUAGGCGGGAACUGAUAGCUGCCCAGGAUGACAUCACCCAUGACAACGAGCCUCAGAGCACUGAACCAGUGGGAGAGAGGAGUGAAUCCCAUCAGUGCAAGGAUGAAAUGGAAAUGGAAGAUUCCGGUGGCUCCUCUGGAGGUCAUGCUCCGGAGGUCCUACAAUCCCAUGUUGAUCCCACCAACAUGGAUAUGAAGGAGAAGCCGAUGGCUGCCCAGGAUGGCAAAAGGCCAAACAUCACCACCGACAGUGAGCUUCCUAGGAAGGACAUUGAUCCUGCAGAUGAGGAGAGAGAAUUGCAUCAGAGGGUGUUUGUACCAGCACUGGAACAUUCCACUGGCCUUUCUAGAGGUCAUACUCCGGAGGUCCUACAGUCCAAUGUUGAUCCCACCAACGUGGAUAUGAAGGAGAAGUCGAUGGCUGACCAGGAUGGCAAAUGCCCACGAAAAAGGCCCUCAGGAGAAAAUUCAGCGUGUCCUUCAUCUGGAGUACCCACAAACCCUAAGAAGAUCAAUUGUGCAUCUUCAUUAAAAAUACAUGUGCUGGUUGCUGGAGAAACUUUCCAGGCCCAUGAAACCUUCAUACAAAAGCUGAACCUGCAGAUAGAGCUCUGCAGUGCAGAGAGCAGCAGCGUCAUCCUGCUCUUCUGUCCUGUUGUUUCUCGGAUUGGGACAGACAUGGAUGCAGCCAUGGACAGAGUUACAGGAACGUCAGCGGUUUCUUCGCCUGCAGUACAUUCCCAGUCAAUGUCAAGCUCUAAGAAGAUGAUAUAUUCCUCUUUUGGUAAGAUGUCCCUGUACUUCAUAGGUUUUUUAUCUGUCACUUUUCAUCUAUAUUUUCUGUUCCAUCUGUCUUCCCCAGAGAAAGUCCACAUGUUGGUUGUCGGAGAAACUUUCAAUACCCAUGAAACCUUCAUACAAAAGCUGAACCUGCAGAUAGAGCUCUGCAGUGCAGAGAACAGCGACGUCAUCCUGGUCUUCUGUACUGUUGUUUCUCGGAUUGGGACAGACAUGGAGGCAGCCAUGGCCAGAGUUACAGAAGACAAACCUGUCAUCCUGGUGUUUAUGCACCACUGUCACAACCCCAGUCACAUGACCAACAUCACAGUGCAACCGUCCAGGGGCAACAUAGUGCAAGUCGUCCACUGCGCCUACCAUGAAUCUAAAGGGCUGCUGCAGUGCCAGGAAAAUGAACAGGCGGUCAAAGCAGUGAGCUCAGCACUGCUGAGGUAUGUUAAUUCACAUGCUGAGGUCUCACAGUCCAAAAGUUACUUAGAAAUUAAGCAGCAGCUGAUGGCUGCCCAGGAUGACAUCACUUCUGACAGUGAGCCUCAGAGCACUGAACCAGUGGGAGAGAGGAGUAAAUCCCAUCAGUGCAAGGAUGUAACAAAAAUGGAAGAUUCCGGUGGGUCCUCUGGAGGUCAUGCUCUGGAGGUCCUACAAUCCAAUGUUGAUCCCACCAACAUGGAUAUGGAGAAGAAGCUGAUGGCUGCCCAGGAUGGCAAAAGGCCAAACAUCACCAAUGAAGUUGAGCUUCCUAGGAAGGACAUUGAUCCUGCAGGUGAGGAGAGAGAUUUGCAUCAGAGGGUGUUUGUACCAGCACUGGAACAUUCCACUGGCCCCUCUGGAGAAAAUUCAGCGUGUCCUUCAUCUGGAGUACCCACAAACCCUAAGAAGAUCAAUUGUGCAUCUUCACUAAAAAUACAUGUGCUGGUUGCUGGAGAAAUGUUUCAGGCCCAUGAGACCUUCAUACAAAAUCUGAAGCUGCAGAUGGAGCUCUGCAGUGCAGAGAGCAGCAACGUCAUCCUGCUCUUCUGUCCUGUUGUUUCUCAGAUUGGGACAGACAUGGAUGCAGCCAUGGACAGAGUUACAGAAGACAAACCUGUCAUCCUGGUGUUCAUGCACCACUGUCACGACCCCAGUCACAUGACCAACAUCACAGUGCAACCGUCCAGGAGCAACAUGCAAAUCAUCCACUGUGCCUACCAUGAAAUUAAAGGGCUGAUGGAAUGCCAGGAAAAUGAGCAAGCGGUCAAAGCAGUGUGGUCAGCACUGCUGAGGUAUGUUGAUUCACAUGAUGACGUCCCACAGCCUGAAGUUUCUCGCCACCAGCCAGCGAUGGUGCAGCAGCAGAUGGCCGCCCAGGGCACCAAUAGCCCAAACGUCACUAAUGACAGCAAGUUUCCUGUGGAGGGCACUGAUCCUGCAAGUAAGGAGAGUGAAUCUCAUCACAGGAUAAUUGUACCACCAAUGGGACAUUCAACUGGCUCAGUGAAAGUCCACAUGCUGGUUGCUGGAGAAACUUUCAAUACCCAUGAAACCUUCAUACAAAAGCUGAACCUGCAGAUAGAGCUCUGCAGUGCAGAGAGCAGCAGCGUCAUCCUGGUCUUCUGUCCUGUUGUUUCUCAGAUUGAGACAAACAUGGAGGCAACCAUGGCCAGAGUUACAGAAGACAAACCUGUCAUCCUGGUGUUCAUGCACCACUGUCACGACCCCAGUCACAUGACCAACAUCACAGUGCAACCGUCCAUGAGCAGCGUAGUGCAAGUUGUCCACUGCGCCUUCCAUCAAUCUAGAGGGCUGCUGCAAUGCCAGGAAAAUGAGCAGGCUGUCGACAAGGUGCAUUCAGCACUGCUGAUGUACAAGUUCAGAAACAGACACUCUACAGAGUAUGUUGACUCACAUGCUGGGGUCUCACAAUCAAAGGUCCCUCCCACCCAAUCAGAGAUGGAGCAGCAGCAAAAGGCUACUCAUGAUGUCAAUAGAUCAAUGAUCACUGACGGCAGCAGGCUUCAGAGUAAGGGCCAUAAGCUAGUGUCUGGGAAGAGCGACCAGAGGAAGGUUACAUCAGGAGGAGUUAAAGUUCACGUGCUGGUUACUGGGGAAACUUUCCAGACCCAUGAUACCUUCAUGCAAAAGCUGAAGUCGAAGAUAAACCCCUGCAGUGCAGAGAGCAGCAACGUCAUCCUGGUCUUCUGUCCUGUCGUUUCUCGGAUUGGGACAGACAUGGAGGCAGCCAUGGCCAGAGUUACAGAAGACAAACCUGUUAUCCUGGUGUUCAUGCACCACUGUCACAACCCCAGUCACAUAACCAACAUCACAGUGCAACCGUCCAGGGGCAACAUAGUGCAAGUCGUCCACUGUGCUUACCAUCAAUCUAAAGGGCUGCUGCAAUGCCAGGAAAAUAAGGAGGCUGUCGACAAGGUGCAUUCAGCGCUGCUGAGGAAUUUACAUGCUGAGGUCCCACAGUCCAAGGUCCUCUUGAUGACAUCAGAUAUGGAGAAACAACCAAUGGUUGCCCAGGAUGCUGAUAAGCCAAUCAGCACCAGUGACGGCGAGCAUCACAGGAAGGGCACUGAGCCAAUGGAUCUAAUAAACUUGAGUGAAGGUGAUGUUCUGGAGGUCCUCCAUUCCAAUGUUGAUCCCACCAACGUGGAUAUGAAGGAGAAGCUGAUGGCUGCCCAGGAUGACAAAAAGCCAAGCAUCACCAAUGAAGGUGAGCUUCCUAGGAAGGACAUUGAUCCUGCAGAUGAGGAGAGAGAAUUGCAUCAGAGGGUGUUUGUACCAGCACUGGAACAUUCCACUGGCCCCUCUGGAGGUUUACCUCCGGAGGUCCUACAGUCCAAUGUUGAUCCCACCAACGUGGAUAUGAAGGAGAAGCCGAUGGCUGACCAGGAUGGCAAAAAGCCAAGCUUCACCACUGACAGUGAGCUUCCUAGGAAGGACAUUUAUCAUGCAGGUUUACCUCCGGAGGUCCUACAGUCCAAUGUUGAUCCCACCAACGUGGAUAUGAAGGAGAAGCCGAUGGCUGACCAGGAUGGCAAAAAGCCAAGCUUCACCACUGACAGUGAGCUUCCUAGGAAGGACAUUUAUCAUGCAGGUUUACCUCCGGAGGUCCUACAGUCCAAUGUUGAUCCCACCAACGUGGAUAUGAAGGAGAAGCCGAUGGCUGACCAGGAUGGCAAAAAGCCAAGCAUCACCAACGACAGUGAGCUUCCUAGGAAGGACAUCGAUCCUGCAGAUGAGGAGAGAGAAUUGCAUCAGAGGGUGUUUGUACCAGCACUGGAACAUUCCACUGGCCCCUCUGGAGAUCUAAUGGUCUUGUGGGAAGGUCAUACUCUGGAGGUCCUACAGUCCAAUGUUGAUCCCACCAACGUGGAUAUGAAAGAGAAGAUGGCUGCCCAGGAUGACAAAAAGCCAAGCAUCACCACCGACAGUGAGCUUCCUAGGAAGGACAUUGAUCCUGCAGAUGAGGAGAGAGAAUUGCAUCAGAGGGUGUUUGUACCAGUAAUGGAACAUUCCACUGUCCUCUCUAGAGGUUUACCUCCGGAGGUCCUACAGUCCAAUGUUGAUCCCACCAACGUGGAUAUGAAGGAGAAGCCGAUGGCUGACCAGGAUGGCAAAAAGCCAAGCAUCACCACCGACAGUUUACCUCCGGAGGUCCUACAGUCCAAUGUGGAUCCCACCAACAUGGAUAUGAAGGAGAAGAUGGCUGCCCAGGAUGGCAAAAAGCCAAGCAUCACCACCGACAGUUUACCUCCGGAGGUCCUACAGUCCAAUGUUGAUCCCACCAACGUGGAUAUGAAGGAGAAGCCGAUGGCUGACCAGGAUGGCAAAAAGCCAAGCAUCACCACCGACAGUUUAGCUCCGGAGGUCCUACAGUCCAAUGUUGAUCCCACUAACGUGGAUAUGAAGGAGAAGCCGAUGGCUGACCAGGAUGGCAAAAAGCCAAGCAUCACCACCGACAGUUUACCUCCGGAGGUCCUACAGUCCAAUGUUGAUCCCACCAACGUGGAUAUGAAAGAGAAGAUGACUGACCAGGAUGACAAAAAGCCAAGCAUCACCACCGACAGUGAGCUUCCUAGGAAGGACAUUGAUCCUGCAGAUGAGGAGAGAGAAUUGCAUCAGAGGGUGUUUGUACCAGUAAUGGAACAUUCCACUGGCCCCUCUGGAGGUCAUGCUCCAGAGGUCCUACAGUCCAAUGUGGAUCCCACCAACAUGGAUAUGAAGGAGAAGAUGGCUGCCCAGGAUGGCAAAAAGCCAAGCAUCACCAACGACAGUGAGCUUCCUAGGAAGGAAGAUCCUGCAGACGAGGAGAGAGAAUUGCAUCAGAGGGUGUUUGUACCAGCACUGGAACAUUCCACUGGCCUCUCUGGAGGUCAUGCUCCGGAGGUCCUACAAUCCAAUGUUGAUCCCACCAACGUGGAUAUGAAGGAGAAGAUGUCUGUCCAGGAUGGCAAAAAGCCAAGCAUCACCAAUGACAGUCUGGAGCAGAAGUUGGUAGCUGCCAAGGAUGCCAAAAGGCCGCACAAAAGCUCUAAAAAAGUAAAGGUCCACAUGCUGGUUACCGGAGAAAUUUUCAAUACUCAUGAGACCUUCAUUGAAAAGCUGAAGCUGCGGAUAAAGCUCUGCAGUGUAGAGAACAGCAACGUCAUCCUGCUCUUCUGUCCUGUCGUUUCUCAUGUUAAGACAGACAUGGAGGCAGCCAUGGCCAGAGUUACAGAAGACAAACCUGUCAUCCUGGUGUUCAUGCACCACUGUCACAGCCCCAAUCACAUGACCAACAUCACAGUGCAACCAUCCAGGGGCAACAUACUGCAAGUCGUCCACUGUGCCUUCCAUGAAACUAAAGGGCUGAUGGAAUGCCAGGAAAAUGAGCAGGCGGUCAAAGCCGUGCGGUCAGCACUGCUGAGGUACAAGUGAAGAUGCAGACCCUCUGCACGGGAAACUACUGUUAACACAAAUACUGUGCACACACUCAAAAUUUUAAUCAGUUUAAUCAACUGUCCUCAGAGUUUGUAAUCAAACUAUGUAAUUAUUCUGCUGUUGAGUUCAACUAUGCAGAAUGUUUCCGACUAAGAAUCACCAACCAAUAUAAAAACACGACAAAGAACCAAACAAAU